CAGGGGCUCCCUGCGCGCACUCCGGACAGAUAUCAGUUUCUUCUCCACUCCUGACCGUGCAGUCAGACCCCUGGCUCCCCCAGUCUGAACAGCCUAGUUCCCCGACAACUGGACAAGUGGACAACUGGACCACUUUUCAUUCAUCUGUCAAAGGUUACAUGUUUUGGAACAGGAGUUUCAAAUGCAAAUCAGCUGAGCAGGGUCCAGUCUUCCUUGUGUUCAGCUUUGGUUGAGAUGGCCCAGCUGGGCCUUGCUCUUGGAAAAGUGAGGCCUCGACGUGCAACGACUCUCAAACAGUAGCACUCAGAAUGUCCACAGCAGCAUCCAAGGGUUCCCUGGGGAGACAGCAGCCUCUGUCCUUUCUGGAUUCUCCUGUCCUGAGUGUUUCAAUGGAGAAGGCUUCCAGGCCCUUCCAGAGUGAUCAGCUGGAGGACAGUAAAGAUGACCCAUUCUCAGGCCCCCUGAAGCAUCAGGCCAUGGGGGAAUGUGAGGACAGAAAAGGAGAAGACAAGUGUUGCGAUGGAGUGUCACAGUUAGGGAUGGAAACUCUAGAUUCCAUUCCAGUAAGAUCCUUCAAUGACCUGGAAUUUCUGACUGCUCAUGGUCACAUUGCAGACAGACAAGAAUCCCCUGCAACACCAAGAUCCAUCACUGACUGUAUGGUCGACUCUGGUGAACAAAGUGGUCCUUCUGGCAAGCAGUUCGGCUGCCAUGAGCGAUCAGACUACAUCCUAAGACCGUGCGGUCCACUGAUGAAACAGAGUUUUGUACAUACUCUGUCAGAACUGAGCCUUGAGCAGACAGGCGCGGUAGAACGUGAAGAGAUCAAGCUUGGUAUCAGCCAAAGCUCGUCAGGAUGUUUGGCGGAGCUCUGUCUUCUUUCCGAGCUGUGCAACCAAACUGAGCGCCCGACCGUGAAGCCCAGUGCUGCAGCCUAUCUGGGUCCUGACAGACCUGACGACAGGCCCCAAGAAGGGUCCGCUAAUUGCCUCUCUGUCUCCAGCCCAAGGUUGCUCAUCAGUGACAGCUCUGAAGCCGUAUGGUCACCCUCAGAUGAGGACCGCAAUGAGGAGGAGGAAGACGACGACAAUGACGAGAAUGACUAUGAGAACGGCUAUGACGAUGACAGUGAUGAUGUGUUCCCCGAGUUGCCACCAUACGGGGAGUUUGAGGUCAUCCAUCAGCGCAGUGCUGUGGGCAGGUCUAGGAGGAAUGGUCCAUCACAUGGUCCCAACUCCGCAUGGGCCGACGGGUCAGACUGCAGCAGCAGCAGCUGCCAAACAGAUAAGGAGAUGUCUGAACCAGAGGAGUCUCCGCCGCUCCUUUCACCUUGGACAGAGUCCAUGAGCCAGCUGAUGCAGAAGCUGGAGCGCCUCAACAAGGACAUCGAGGUAGCCCUCAGCGCCAGCUCCUCACCCAGCCGCACACCAGACACCUCCCGCAGGAAGGCGGUGGCUGUGAAGAAGACCUAUGGACAAGCAGAAAUCGAAGCAAAAGAAGCCUGUGACUGGCUGCGGGCAGCAGGAUUCCCCCAGUAUGCUCAUCUUUAUGAAGAUUCCCAGCUUCCCAUUGACAUUUCAGCUGUAAAAAGGGAUCAUGACUUCCUGGACAAGGACCUUGUGGAACCUCUUUGUCGACGACUUAACACCUUGAACAAGUGUGCCUCUAUGAAACUCGAUGUGAACCUUCCCAAGAAGAAAAGCGACGACUCAGAUGAAGAAGACCUGCUUGCCAUCAGCGACAGAUGGACGUUUGAGUGGAGCAGUCGAAGGUGGUCCAGGCUGCAGGACGUUGACCGCUUCUUGGGAGAAAAGGAAGGGGCAUGUCCCGUGGGCUCAGAGGGGGAGCUACAAGCGGCAGGCAGCCGCGAGAGCAUUCUGACAGAUCUCAGUGAGCCAGAGGUCUCGUCCCUGCACAGUGAGAGCAGUGGUGGCAGCGGCUUUGGGGAGCUGGGUGGUGUCUCAGGCCCAGCCCGCUCUGCUUCUGCAUCCGCCAUGCCUGACCCCACCGCUCUGACACCAUCUCCAACUCCAGAUGAAGCUCCGUGUUAUGGGUCACUGCCUGCUAAGAGUGGCAGGCAUGGGCGGACACGCGCCAAGGACUUCCUACGGCGCAUGGAGACGCUGCGGUCCCGUGGGUGCUCAUUGGCUAAAGCAGGCUGUAGGGUACCAGUCAUCAGUGGGCCAAUCUUGCAGCAUGAUCCAGAGACACUCCGCACCCUACACUGUGUAGAGAUCAAAAAUGGAGAAGCGGAGGGUCCACUGAGUGGUAGCAGGAAUGAUGGCCCCCACUCUCUCUCUGGCAGUGAAUAUGACAGCAGUGGCAGUAGCAUCAGCAUGAAGCAGCACCAGCCACGUCGGUCUCUUCACAAGCGCAGCGGUGUCUACCUGGAGGAUCUGGACGUACUCGCUGGUGCCCCUGCCAGGAAGACAGCUGAGCAGGGACGCCGCAGCGAGUGCCGCUCCUACGAGGACCUAGUGGUUCGCAUUCCCAAAGACCACAAGCCAGGCACUUUCCCCAAGGCGUUGUCCGUUGAGAACCUAACACCAGUCACUGCUGCUGGCACCAUUGACUGGCACCCAAAACUCCAGCGUCACACAGAUUGGGCCCCCACUACUACCCGGCUCUGCCCACGGGGCAGCCGUGUGAGUGUCUAUGAUAACGUACCUGGCUCACACCUGUAUGCUAGCACAGGCGACCUGAUGGAUCUGGAGAAGGAGGAUCUGUUCCCGCACCUGGACGAUAUCUUGCAACACGUGAAUGGUCUGCAGCAGCUUGUCAACCACUGGUCCAAGAGCGUGCUACCUGAUAGCGAGGUCCCACGUCAGUCCAUCAGCCAGAUUACCCUUGACUGUGAGGGGAACUCGGUGCCUAGCGAUGGUGACAAGGAUGGUGUGUCCCUGAAUGACACGGACUCCAGUGGAACAAGGGAGAGGAGGGAUUCGGGUGUUGGAGCCUCCUUGACCAGACCCAGUCGCUUGCAGUGGCCCAGCUUCAGGAUGUCUAACUACAUAACUCAGUCAGGAAUCUCGCUCCACAUCACCAGCCAGUCUGCAGGUCAGCUUAGUCUGCUGCAGAAGUUCUCUCUGCUGCGCCUCACCGCCAUCAUGGAGAAAUACUCCAUGUCUAACAAGCACGGUUGGACCUGGUCAGUGCCAAAGUUCAUGAAGAGAAUGAAGGUGCCAGACUACAAAGACAAGAAUGUGUUUGCUGUCCCUCUCAUUGUCCACGUCCAGCGAUCUGGUCACCCGCUGCCUCUUGGCUUGCAGCAGGCCCUACAUUAUCUCAGGAGUCAGUGUCUAGACCAGGUUGGCCUUUUCCGCAAGUCGGGAGUAAAGUCCAGGAUCCAGGCGUUGAGGCAGCUGAAUGAGAGCUCACCUGACAAUGUGGACUAUGAAGACCAGUCAGCCUAUGAUGUGGCAGACAUGGUGAAACAGUUCUUCAGGGACUUGCCUGAGCCGCUGCUCACCAGCAAGCUGGGAGAGACCUUCCUGCACAUUUACCAAUAUGUCCCCAAGGAGCAGUGGCUACAGGCCGUGCAGGCAGCCAUCAUGUUAAUGUCAGAUGAGAACAGGGAAGUGCUGCAGACACUUCUCUAUUUCCUGAGAGACGUGACCUUCUCUGUGGAGGAGAAUCAAAUGACACCAAUGAACCUAGCCGUGUGUCUUGCACCUUCACUUUUUCACCUCAACAUCCUGAAGAAGGACAACCUUUCACCCAGAGCCAUGCAGAAGAAGUACGUCACAGGUCGGCUGGACCAGAAGGACCUGAAUGAGAACAUGGCUGCCACCCAAGGACUGGCCCACAUGAUCACGGAAUGCAGCCGACUCUUUGAGAUCCCACGUGAGAUGGUGGCACGAUCGCGGAGUUCGUACGUAGAGGCGGCGCUCCCAGCCCCCACCUUAGAGGAGCUGUGCAAGCAGCAGGAGGGCGAUGAGGGCAACUACCAGCCCCGUGUAGAGGCACUAAUGCAAGAGCUGUUCAAAGAGUCACGUGACAGAUCUAAAGCCUGGGUUUCCUGCUCCAGCCCAGAUGGUGCUGAGCUCUGUUGUAAGAAGGUGGGUGAUGGCAACCCCCUGCGGCGCUGGCGGGUGUCUGUGGAAAUGGAGGCCCCUCCUUCAGAGGUGCUGAACCGUGUGCUGCGGGAGCGCCAUGUGUGGGACCCAGACUUGCUGCAGUGGAGAGUGAGGGAGACACUGGACAGGCAGACCGAGAUCUACCAAUACAGUCUCAGUAGCAUGGCCCCACACCCUAGUCGCGACUUUGUGGUACUCAGGUCAUGGAGGAUGGAGUUGGCAAAAGGGGCAUGUGCCCUGGUGUCAGUGUCAGUGGAUCAUGAGGACUGUCUGCCACUCGGUGGGGUCCGGGCUGUGGUACUGGAGUCACACUAUCUUUUGGAACCCUGUGGGUCAGGGAAGUGUCGACUGACUCAUAUCUGCAGAGUCGACCUGAAAGGAAGGUCUCCUGAGUGGUAUAAUAAGGCCUUUGGUUACCUGUGUGCUGCAGAGGCCGUCCGCCUGAAGUCCUCGUUCCAGCCGCUGGACUCCGAUGGCCCCGAGACCAAGAUCUGAGCCAAGGCAAGCACUGAAAUGGGAUCAGGCCCCACAGCUCAGCCAGGGAGCUGUGGUCCAAAGCACCUGUGCCCUACAUCAAUAAUGCCUCACUGGAAAGGAACCAACAGCCAUCAGUCUGCAGUCAUUCAUGAUUAGCUUUACUGUCAUUAUAAUUAUUAUUGUUGUUAUCAUUGCUAUUAUUAUUCUUAUUAUAAUUAUUUAUCAUCGCAUUGUUAUAAUAUUUUAUAAUGUCUACGACAUUUGUCCAUUUCAGAGCUUCUGCGAAGCAUGUCUGUUUUAUCCAUUUCAAAUACAAAGCUGUAUGUAAAGUUUGUGUCUCUGUGUAGAUUUGUCUAUAUGAUACAUGCACACCGGCCUGUAUAUACUGUACAUAUAAGCCUUAUCUGUCUAAUGUACCUGCUUCUGUUACAGUAAAUCAUCCUAAUGUUAUGUUUCAGUUAUUUCAGGCCAUAGCACACUGUCAACGGGAUGUGUGAUGCUACUUUUGUACUGUUUUUGUCUGAAUGGUGUACAUUGAUGGACCCUUUGGUUUGCGGAGCUGGAGGCUCCCAGUGUCUUGAGUUAUACUGAGAAGUGGUGAACAGGGUGUCAAAAUACAAUGAUUUUUAAUGAAAGUAUUGAAAAAUUCAAGAGCCAUGUUUUUUAAAUGGUAAACAUGCAACAACUUCUUUGCUCCUUUUAUUCUGAUGACUGGCCUGACUUUGAUCUUUUAGACAGUGUAGUCUGUCGGUAAAAUGAGACAAAGACCACUGUUUGAAAAACUUGAAGGGGAGAAACACAAAGUGGAGAAAGGGUAAAGCGGUGGAAAUCACAAGGGCAACACAUUGUCUUGUGGUUUUGGUCCCAUUGCUCAGGGUUCUUGAAAAAGAUCAUCUUUUGUUUUACUGUGAUGGUAUUGUUUCUCAAGAAAACAUAAUCCUCAGAUAUACUGUGGCAUACUCAGCACCACCCAAAUAAAAUGAGCAAAAAAAAAGCUUUCUGAGCAAAUUCCAUACAAUAUCAAGUUUA